GUCCUAAAGGCCCGCAGGGAGAAGAGGGCAAAAAGGGUGACGUCGGAUUCCCUGGACUUCCAGGAAGAGUAGGAGUGCCGGGUCCUAUGGGACCUCCCGGUCCAUCGGGCCCUCAGGGAGCGCCCGGAAUACACGGUUUUAAAGGCUCAAUGGGAGAGAUCGGUAGACCGGGAAACCCGGGACCGCCCGGAUCUCAUGGACCGCAAGGAAUACCCGGCCCUAAAGGACAGGCGGGAGAAGCGGGAUCUAUUGGACAACCGGGACCUCAAGGUAUUCCAGGACCUGUUGGCGAAAGAGGUCACCCUGGUCUACCCGGAGCACCUGGAAAACAGGGACCUCAGGGACAGCGCGGGUCUCAGGGCGAGAGAGGAAACGAUGGAAAGGCCGGUAAAGACGGAGAACAGGGACCGCAAGGAAAUCCCGGUCCGGCGGGUCCGAUGGGACCAAUCGGUGAACAGGGACUACAGGGAAAUUCUGGUAAAGAAGGACCGCCAGGACCCGCGGGCAGACCCGGAGAUAAGGGCCCAAUCGGAAGCCCCGGUGCUCCCGGACCACAGGGCACACCAGGACUGCCCGGCCCUAUCGGCCCAACCGGAGCGGGAGGUCCUCCGGGUGAGAGAGGAUCCGCGGGUGAAUCGGGACCGCGCGGUGUUCCCGGACCUCAGGGGUCGAGAGGACUGCCGGGAACUCCCGGUAAUCCCGGACUCAAAGGAGACACUGGAUAUCCAGGUGAAAAGGGAGAUAAAGGACAUCGAGGGCUCAUUGGUUUACAGGGAUUGCCGGGACAGGCGGGUCCGGCUGGAGACAAAGGUCCGAUCGGUUCAACGGGUCCGUCAGGACCUCCGGGCGCUCCCGGAGCUAAGGGUCCGCCGGGAAGAGAUGGAGCGCAGGGCUCGCCGGGAGUGUCGGGUCCGAUGGGGCCGAGGGGUGAACGAGGAAACGACGGCAAACCGGGUAACCCUUUGGCAACUCUUUCA